GGAAGGUGGUGGGUCCACAAAUUAGAAGCCAUGUGGGUAUCAUCUCCCAACUCCAUCAUUUUUCUUAAUUAUUAUUUUUAUUAUUUUCUGACACACACACACCACAUAACUGAUGAAAUGCCAAAGAGAAACUUAACACAAAAUAAUGGUACAUCAAUGAAUAACACAACCAAGCUAAGUAAACACAAAGUCUACAUAGUUACAGAUCCAAAUCCAAUCUUGAAUCAAUGAAUGAAUGAUGAGAGUGUUGCACUUUGAACUUUGAAACAGUGUAGAUUAGUUAGUAUGUUGGUUUCAGUUGUUAGAUCUUAGUUACAUGAAUCCAAUGAUGAGGAAUAGUUAUAAUAGUAGUAAUGUGAGAGAGUCUCUUUUGGGGUCAUUGAAUCACCACCGCAGAGGACAAAGCUUGAAUGGUUAUGGAAUGGCUUCCAACAACAACAACAACAACAAUGAAGAUAACUUGGAUCUCUUCUCCAGGAACAGACGUACCCUCUCUGUGACUUCCUCUGAUGAUUCCUCCGAUGUUUCAGUGAAACUGGGGAGGCUCUCACUUGGAGGAGCAGCACCAAAACCUUCAAGAAAUGGGAUUGAUGAUCUAUUGUCUUCCACAGAAGUAGGAAAGCAUGAUUAUGACUGGCUUCUCACUCCCCCCGGCACACCAGUUUUUCCAUCAUCAGAAGGCGAGCCCCAACCAACCACGGUGCCUCCAAGAAGAAGUUUGACUAGAUCAACUUCUACCACAAAGGCCUCAAGGCUCUCAGUCUCACAAUCUGAGAACAAUAAUCACUCUAGACCAGCAAGAAGCAGUUCGGUGACACGCCCUUCGGUCUCAAACUCACACUCACAAUACAGCACCUAUUCCUCUAACAGAUCCACCUCAAUUCUCAACACAAGCUCUGCCUCAGUUUCGUCAUACAUCCGACCAUCCUCCCGACCAUCCUCCCCUGUAACUCGCUCCUCGUCCGCAGCUAGGCCUUCUACUCCUUCCUCACGCCCGGCAGCGUCUUCUAGGCCUUCAACUCCCUCCAGAGUGCGCUCGGUUUCUAACAACCCCACAGCCUCCUCCUCCUCUGCUGACAGACAAAGAACAUCAACACAAAGCUCAAGGCCAUCAACACCAAGUUCUAGGCCUCAUAUUUCUACAAAUUUGCAUUCUCCAUCGGCCCCUACGCCAACUCGAUCACUAUCCAGGCCUUCUACCCCUACUAGAAGGAACUCAAUGCCAUCUCUGUCUCCAUCCCCUUCUCCUACAUCAUCUUAUCUAACUUCAUCCUCACGUGUUUCACUUAGUGGAAGAAACUCAGCUCCAUCUUCAAGGCCAAGUUCGCCGAGUCCAAGAGUAAGGCAGCCACCACAACCAAUAGUUCCCCCGGAUUUUCCCCUCGACACACCUCCAAAUCUCAGAACAACAUUGCCUGAUAGGCCUGUAUCAGCAGGCAGGUCUCGCCCCAGCAGUGUCACCAUGAAGGGAAACAGUUCUGAACCUCAAGCUUCAGCUCCUGUGUCAAGAAGACAUUCUUCUCCGAUUGUGAGUAGGGGGAGGUCUACAGAGCCUGCAGCGAGAACUCGCAGUUAUGGCAGCACCAAUGGCCACCAUGCUGAUGUUCCUGAGCCUAGGAAAGUCCAACAUCCACCUGAAGUCGUUGCAAGGAGAUCUGUUAGGGCCUCAACUACCACUGCUACAGACAACUCUGGGUUUGGGAGGACCAUAUCAAAGAAAUCCUUAGAUAUGGCUAUUAAGCACAUGGAUAUAAGGAACGGCGCAGGAAAUCAUCGUUCGCUGUCAAACACAACACUCUUCCCUCAGAGCAUUAGACCUUCGUCCACUCCCAAGAGCCACCGGGUUUCGAGUGCUCUGGCAUCUGUCAACAUGAAUGGAACCACCCUGCAUACCAAUGGAGUCUCCAAUCUGGAUAUUGGAAAUGAUGUUAACAGAAUACAUAUGGUAAGAGGAAGAGAGGUGGAUGAAAGACUAUCCUCAUCAAAACUUAGUAGUGAAGUCGACAUUUACGAGAGUUCGCGUUACGAUGCACUGUUGCUCAAAGAAGAUUUGAAGAACACAAAUUGGCUUCAUAGUGCUGAUGACAAAUGUGAUCAAGGUCCCAUAUUUGAUAAUGGAUUUGAGCAUUUGCCAGAGCCUUUUGGUCUCUUGUAGCAUUCAAGGAGGUUAAUAAUAAUCCUUGGUGAAUUUUUAUGAUUUGUAAUAUGAUAUCUAUGUUCUAAUAAUGGUUAUUUCUUAAUA